AUGACGCCCUCGCAGCAGCACGGAAGAACAUUUGUUUUCGAUUCCAACGAUAAUAAUGUGCUUGACGGUUACAACGACGUUGAGGCCACUUUCUUUUCGUCGGAUGAUAGUGACUCGUCUGUUACGACUUCAUCUUCGUCGUCAACAUCUUCAUCUUCAUCCUCCUCCUCGGCUUCAGGUCCUCUGGAUAUUCCUUCGGAUGGAGACUCAGAUAAUGACGUCUACCACAACCAUUUGGGCCAAGGUGAGCAGCAACACUACUUGGCUGAGCAGCAGCAAACUACCAGUAAUAGCAACAACAAUAAUAACAAUAACAAUCAGUCUCGGCACACUUUUGGGCACCGCAACAACACUGGGAACUUCCACCGCAACGCUGGGUUUGGUGGUACCCGCAACCAGACUCUAGAUGGAACUACAGCGCAUGACGUUCACCCUAAUAGAGUGCCACUGCGAUCAAAUACUGCACCUACUAUAUCCUCCUCUUCAUCGACUUUGGGCGUUGCGCAAAACACAGACCAUUUAGGUCCUGGUGGUCGUCGGUUGAGUGCUGCUAGUGCGCACAGUUUUUACAGUGUCAAUAGUCAGUCCAGUAGUUUGCACAGCGUGCGCAGCUCUAAAAGUCAGCGGCGCGCAGAUCCUUUGUAUCGUCUCAAAUCAAUUAUCAAGUCCCAGGCUCAAAAACAUGCAAAUGCCAUGCACUCAGACUCUGAUAAUGAGAGCGAGGGUUAUGCUAGCGAGUGCGAUUACUUCUCUUUGGGUGAAGACCGUAGCAGCAACAAUGAUAGACGCGACGAUAGAGCUAAUAAUGAAGAUGAAGGUGAGUUUGAGGAUGACGGUGGUAUGGAAAUCAGCGUUGGGAAUGGCGCUCCAGCGCCGCCUGGAAUUAUGAUGAACCGAAAGGACGACAGUGAAACUUUGAAUGACGAAGCCAAUCUUGUUGAGAAUAGGGCCAAAAACACUACUUCUCGUCCUGUCAAGAUUGAGGAACCUAUUGUACCGUCAUCUGAGCUUCACCGACUUAAAAAGGAACGACGCAAGGCACGCAAGGCGGCUAUUGCUUUAUCAAAUACUCUUGGUGAGGAAGAAGAAGAAGAAGAAGGCGUGGACUUGGAGGCCGAGCAAGUCCCUCGGCGCAAAAAACAGCGCAAUAGACUUAAACGCGUCAAGUCGCACCGAUACUACUCUCGCAGCAUGACAUCGACAUCUGCUGCAGCUGCUCGUCGACGUGCUGGAUGGGACCCUGGUAUUGAUAUUCGUUAUACACAGGCCAUUCUUCAAAGCAUUGGAUCUGUGGUGACAAUUGUAGACUAUAAUGCGACUCGCUAUCGAGUGGUUCAAACGGAGGUGUACCCGGAAGGUGAAGACUUGACUUAUGAGUACGAGGACGAAAAUGGCGAGGUUGUUGAAAUUCCGGGGAUUUCACGCGCGCAACAGAAAAAUGCCGACUUUUAUUUUCAUCUUGAUAACCGGCCUGCUUGGUCUUCAGUGCGGUGGAUUUCUGUCAAUGGGCUUUCAUGGGAAACGAUUUCUGCCAUUUCGCAGCGGUUCCAGUUGCAUCGUCUUGCUAUUGAAGAUAUGGUUGAAAUCCCUCAACGCACUAAAGCCGAUAUGUAUCCAAGUCAUAUUUUUUGUGUGCUGCCUAUGCACAAGCUUGUGUUUUACAAACCUACAGAUAAUACAAAGGGAAGUGGCCAAGGGACGGGGACCAUUUCCAAAAACGAUCAUCAUGAGCACAUUCGGCGAUCACAAACAAAUGCUAGUACUCACAGUACACAAAACCAUCACUCUCAUCGACGCAACUCUAUGGAGAGUUUGAGUAGCGAGCCUAUUAAGCCGUCAUGGAUUUGGUACUGGGUUCCUUGGUCUGUUGCCGAGUGGAUGCUUGAUCAUAAUGUGCAUUUCCCGCGGCUUUUUAAGGGCUGGUUUUCUCGUGAUCAAAACGAGGAGGAGGAUGAGGAAGAAGUUGUUGUUGUUAAUCCUGGAGUGGAAAUGCAAGAUAUGAAUGGAAUUAUGAACCGUGAUUCACAGCCCUCACGGCCCACAACAAGGGUACCGACUCGAACACCGGCUCAAACACCAAAUAGAGCAGCUACCACUAUGUCUUCUCAACAACCACCCCCAUCUCCUGGACAUAAGCGUGCUCAUACUUCCACUCUUAAUCCAUUUCUCAAUAGUGGAGUAUCCAAAAUGUCGCGCAAGUUUACUCAUAAGGUUGCCUCUGGUGUGAAGCAAGUAGCUACAUUUUACGAUAGUGAUAGUUCGUCAAGUGAUUCAAGUGAUCAGGGUGAUGACUCUACUCGGUCAUUGACUUGGCGGCUAUCAAAGCAGCAAGAUAAGACAAUUUACGAUUGGAACAAUACGUACAUGAAGCAAACCUCACACGGGAAAACACCUGCCUUUAUUGAAAAGAAGCGACCAUUGGCCAAAUACCAUCGUGCGGUGGGCGUUGAGCAAGUUUCAUUGUUUUUGACGAACCAAAAAACGGUCAUUUCCUUUUUUGAGCGAUCUGCACCGGAUAUUGAGCGACCUUUGCUUGCUCGUCUUUCUACCAAGUCCACCAUGUUGCGUGAAUCUUGCGAUCCAUCAAUGUUACUUCAGGCAAUCAUUGAUAUUAUUGUUGACCAGGCACAGCCUAUCAUUACUGCUUACCGGCGCCGAUUUACAGAGCUUGAAGUUGAUGCUAUGGUAACUCCCACCAUGGCACAUACUCAGGAUCUUCACUUGAUGGCGGCUGAGCUUUCCUUGCUGAGUAACACCAUCAUGCCGAUUUCGACACUAGUACAGUCUCUACGUGAUCAUACUGCAGCUGCAGUUGCACACAAGGGGACAACAAAAAAUCAUGGCCAUGCUAAUCAUGGUAACAAAACAAACCCGGCGCUUAGCGCAGCCAUUAAUGCUCUGGAGGCUGCUGGCGAGAAGCCCAAUUCUCAGGGGGCUAAGCGGUCACCAUCACGGUAUGCAUUGGGUAAGAGUUCUGAUGCUCAAGUUAAUGUGCGGGACUUUAUUGCAGCUGGAUUGUCGCAAGCUCCCAAGAACCCGGCGACUUCUAAUUCGAAUCCUUCCAUGGUUGGAAUAACACCAUUGACUAAGCUGUACUUUGGAGAUAUUAGUGAUCACUUGUUUUCCUACAUGCAGGAUCUGGAUAUGAUGCGGAAAAACACCCAAAACAUGAUUGAAAUGAUUUUCAAUACAAUUUUUUAUGUGAGUGGAGAAGGUGUGAACCAGUUGACGUUUGUGACUGUUGUUUUUAUGCCGUUGACGUUUUGGACCAGUUACUUUGGCAUGAACUUUGAGCAUUUUACAAUGUUGGGACAGGGUACCAAUUUAUUUUGGAUCAUUUCGAUUCCAUUUACGAUUGGAAUGUUGGCAAUCAUUAUGAUUUGGCCUAUUUACCAGUUUUGUCUUCGGAUGCUACGUAGAUUGCGCAAGCAAUGGCAUCGUCGGCAACACAAGAUUGAGAAGCGGUUGCGCAAGCGUGCUCGUCGUAAGGAAGUUUCUUCAGUUUGA